AUGGAAUAUAAAUUCCAGCCUGGACAACUUGGCGGUCACUCAGAGCUGCUCUAUCAACCGGUGCAACCGUUACCCGAGAACAACAUCGAUGCGGAUCAAUCUGUACCCGUUUCCGACCUCUCGGCAAUCCAACAAAUGAAUCAAGUUAACCAGGAUAAUGAAAACGUUCAAAAUGAAGACAGUGUUUUCUCCCCCAUAAAACCGUCUACGUUCUACACAACUCCUUCGUCAAAUAGUCAACUCUACUAUCAGAGCACGCCAAAAGUUGAUGGAUACGGUGCGAGUGGUCAGUUCUAUCCGGGAUUAUUCUUUCAAACAUGGCCCUAUCCCAGUGCUGCCGCCACAAAUUCCUCAACGAACGCUGCGUUAAGUGCAGCAACUGCUUCAGCUGCCUCACCAUGCUCGUCGAGUACCGCCACCGAUCUUGGCUUUACACAACCAACUACCGUUAUCACUGAUCCAACGCAAAUGUUUGUUGCUCAGAAUCAGUCAACUACUCAGAAUUUUUUCCAACAAAGUGCUUAUCAAGCCUACUCAGCGACUGCCGCAGACUAUUAUGCGCCACUGCACGGUGCCAAUUUGCUAGCUGCCCAAAGUCGUCUCUCAGCACCCGCAUCUGCUUGCUCGUCAUCAGUUGGUUCUAGCACCUCAUCACGUUCCACUAACGGUUCGGCUAAUGGUGCUACUGGAACGGGUGGUGGAGGAGGUACUACCUCAGGUACUAAUAACAUUAAUGGUACACUUGGUGGAGCUCUCAACGGUAACGUUACGUCCAGAUCGAAACCGAGGAAUACAGCAUCUGAAGGACGUGAAUGUGUGAAUUGUGGUGCUGUACAAACGCCGCUGUGGCGACGUGAUGGAACUGGUCAUUAUCUGUGUAAUGCGUGUGGACUGUAUCACAAAAUGAAUGGUCAAAAUCGUCCACUUGUUAAACCAAAGAAAAGACAAGUAGGUAGUGCACAGAAGAGGACGGGUAUUGAAUGUGUUAAUUGUAAAACAAAUAAUACAACGCUAUGGAGGAGAAAUGCUCAUGGUCAACCAGUUUGUAAUGCAUGUGGCCUCUAUCAUAAACUUCAUAAUAUUUCGCGACCCAUUUCGAUGAAGAAAGAUGGAAUUCAAACGCGUAAUCGCAAGAUUAGCACUAAAUCAAAAGGAAAGAAGCGUGGACUAGCGCCUGAGCCACCGUUCUACGAUAUGUUGAAACCACAGCCGAAUCCUUAUGGUGACGCGAUGAAGUUUCAUAUUCCACCAACACAUGCAGCCGCCUAUAUACCAGCUGCAGUGGCAGCUACCGCUGGUGCACAGCCACCGUACUCAACGCAAUUCAUUUUUCAUGCCUCCUAA